CCAUGCAAGGGCCAAUACACAACGGCCUAAAGGAGGAUAUUAUUACCCAUUAUUUACUGACACAAUUUUCCUUAAAGUGAGUCGUGCAGAACGUAGAUACUAGACUGGUUGUUGCAUGUAUCGCCUUAAGUUAUUCUGAACUGUCAGAGCAAUUCCACGGGCCAGUCAAGUCGAUUUGAAGAGUGCUUGAUUUCUGUCGCACCUCGUUUACGAUCCAAAAGAUUCCAAUACUCAGUCGAUUGCUCUUUGCUUCCUUGGAUACGGAGUAACGAUGAAGAAAAGCUCGAAGAAAGAUCCGAUAAGCGAGCAUAUGCACGAGCUCAAAAACGAGUUCAACGAAAAAUGGGAAAAACCAGAGCACAAUACAGCAAGUUUAGAAGAAUUCGAUCGCUUGAAAACACUGGGAACUGGAUCAUUUGGUCGGGUAAUGCUUGUACAACAUAAAGAUAGCAAAAGAUACUUCGCUAUGAAAAUUUUAGACAAGCAGAAGGUAGUCAAGUUGAAACAAGUUGAGCAUACCUUGAAUGAAAAGAAAAUCCUCCAAGCUAUCAGUUUUCCGUUUCUCGUAAAUCUUGAAUGGCAUUUCAAGGAUAAUUCAAACUUGUACAUGGUCCUGGAAUUUGUACCUGGUGGAGAAAUGUUUUCACACCUCAGACGUAUUGGGAGAUUCAGUGAAACACAUUCAAGAUUCUAUGCUGCACAGAUUGUUCUGGCUUUUGAAUAUCUUCACAAUCUUGAUCUCAUAUACAGGGAUUUGAAACCUGAGAACUUGCUGAUCGAUGACAAAGGAUACCUGAAAGUUACAGAUUUUGGUUUUGCAAAAAGAGUUAAAGGAAGAACAUGGACUCUCUGUGGAACUCCUGAAUACCUUGCACCUGAGAUUAUUCUAAGCAAAGGCUAUAACAAAGCUGUUGACUGGUGGGCUCUUGGAGUAUUGAUUUAUGAAAUGGCAGCAGGCUAUCCACCAUUUUUUGCAGAUCAACCUAUUCAGAUCUAUGAAAAGAUUGUUUCUGGAAAGGUUCGAUUUCCAUCACAUUUUACAAGUGAUCUCAAGGAUCUUCUUCGCAAUCUACUUCAAGUUGAUUUGACAAAGCGUUAUGGAAACUUAAAAAAUGGUGUUGAAGAUAUUAGAUUCCACAGGUGGUUUGGCCAGUCAUACGAAUGGCUCAAUCUCUACUACAGAAAAUUGGAAGCUCCAUUUAUUCCCAAGUGUAAAGGACCUGGUGACCCAAGUAACUUUGAUGAUUACGAAGAAGAGCCUCUUCACAUUUCUGGAACUGAGAAGUGUGCAAAGGAAUUUGCAGAUUUCUAAAAGCUGGAUCUUUGCUGUGGAUAUGGUGUAAUGCCCUAUUUAGAUUGUACAGCACAAGUAUUUGAUCUUAAUAUAUGACAUUCAUCAGCCUCCGGGGCCGAAUAACUUAUCGUUUCGUAACCAGGAUGGGCAUGGCCCCAUCUGACCCAUAACUAGGCUCUAAAAAGUUGGACAAGUGGGUCCAGAGUUAAGAAAAAACAUUUUAUUUAUAUGAAAACGAUUCUUAAAAAUAGUAGCAUUAUAAUAGAUUUUAGCAAAGAAAAUAAGUAAGAAUUUUUAAGAGUUGGUAUGUAAAUGUUUUACUUGUAAUUUAUAUUCUUUACAAAUCUCCAUUCUCGUAAGGGCCAUGUUGAGUGCAGAUUCUAUAUUCUAAAUUCCAAACGUUUAUCUGCCRUGUUGACUUGUAAGUUGAGCUCUUAUGAAUUCUUAAUUGUCAAUAAAGCUCCAGAGCCCAAAUACA